AGUGGCUAGGAGGAUUUGAAAGGCAUUAUGGAAUUAAGAUUUCCCAGGUUUAGCCAAGGCUUAGCUCAGGACCCCACUACUCGUCGUAUUUGGUUUGGUAUUGCUACCGCACAUGAUUUCGAAAGUCAUGAUGAUAUUACUGAGGAACGUCUUUAUCAGAACAUUUUUGCUUCUCACUUUGGGCAGUUAGCAAUAAUCUUUCUAUGGACGUCCGGAAAUCUGUUUCAUGUAGCUUGGCAAGGAAAUUUUGAAUCAUGGAUACAGGAUCCUUUACACGUAAGACCUAUUGCUCAUGCCAUUUGGGAUCCUCAUUUUGGGCAACCCGCUGUGGAAGCCUUUACUCGAGGAGGUGCUGCCGGUCCAGUGAAUAUCGCUUAUUCUGGGGUUUAUCAGUGGUGGUAUACAAUUGGAUUGCGCACCAAUGAAGAUCUUUAUACUGGAGCUCUUUUUCUAUUAUUUCUUUCUACGCUAUCCUUAAUAGGGGGUUGGUUACAUCUACAACCCAAAUGGAAGCCAAGCCUUUCGUGGUUCAAAAACGCCGAAUCUCGUCUGAAUCAUCAUUUGUCAGGACUUUUCGGAGUAAGUUCUUUGGCUUGGACAGGACAUUUAGUUCAUGUUGCUAUUCCCGGAUCCAGGGGGGAGUACGUUCGAUGGAAUAAUUUCUUAGAUGUAUUACCCUAUCCCCAGGGGUUGGGUCCCCUUCUGACGGGUCAGUGGAAUCUUUAUGCCCAAAAUCCUGAUUCGAGUAAUCAUUUAUUUGGUACCACUCAAGGAGCGGGAACUGCCAUUCUGACCCUUCUUGGGGGAUUCCAUCCACAAACACAAAGUUUGUGGCUGACCGAUAUUGCUCAUCAUCAUUUAGCUAUUGCAUUUAUUUUUCUCAUUGCCGGUCAUAUGUAUCGAACUAACUUCGGAAUUGGGCACAGUAUCAAAGAUCUUUUAGAAGCACAUACUCCUCCGGGGGGUCGAUUAGGACGUGGGCAUAAAGGCCUUUAUGAUACAAUCAAUAAUUCGAUUCAUUUUCAAUUAGGCCUUGCUCUAGCUUCCUUAGGGGUUAUUACUUCCUUAGUAGCUCAACAUAUGUACUCUUUACCUGCUUAUGCAUUCAUAGCACAAGACUUUACUACUCAAGCUGCUUUAUAUACUCAUCACCAAUACAUUGCAGGGUUCAUCAUGACAGGGGCUUUUGCUCAUGGAGCUAUUUUUUUCAUUAGGGAUUACAAUCCGGAACAGAAUGAAGAUAAUGUAUUGGCAAGAAUGUUAGACCAUAAGGAAGCUAUCAUAUCUCAUUUAAGUUGGGCUAGCCUCUUCCUAGGAUUCCAUACCUUGGGCCUUUAUGUUCAUAACGACGUUAUGCUUGCUUUUGGUACUCCAGAAAAGCAAAUCUUGAUUGAACCUAUAUUUGCCCAAUGGAUACAAUCUGCUCAUGGUAAGACGACAUAUGGGUUCGAUAUACUCUUAUCUUCAACGAAUGGCCCCGCUUUCAAUGCAGGUCGAAACAUAUGGUUGCCCGGAUGGUUGAAUGCUGUUAAUGAGAAUAGUAAUUCGCUUUUCUUAACAAUAGGACCUGGGGAUUUCUUGGUUCAUCAUGCUAUUGCUCUAGGUUUGCAUACAACUACAUUGAUUUUAGUAAAGGGUGCUUUAGAUGCACGCGGUUCCAAAUUAAUGCCGGAUAAAAAGGAUUUCGGGUAUAGUUUUCCUUGCGACGGCCCAGGGCGCGGCGGUACUUGUGAUAUUUCUGCUUGGGACGCGUUUUAUUUGGCAGUUUUCUGGAUGUUAAAUACCAUUGGAUGGGUUACUUUUUAUUGGCAUUGGAAACACAUUACAUUAUGGCAGGGCAACGUUUCACAAUUUAAUGAAUCCUCCACUUAUUUGAUGGGAUGGUUAAGAGAUUACCUAUGGUUAAACUCUUCACAACUUAUUAAUGGAUAUAAUCCUUUUGGGAUGAAUAGUUUAUCAGUAUGGGCUUGGAUGUUCUUAUUUGGACAUCUUGUUUGGGCUACAGGAUUUAUGUUCUUAAUUUCCUGGCGUGGAUAUUGGCAGGAAUUAAUUGAGACUUUAGCAUGGGCUCAUGAACGGACACCUUUGGCUAAUUUAAUUCGCUGGAGAGAUAAGCCCGUGGCUCUUUCCAUUGUGCAAGCAAGAUUGGUCGGAUUAGCCCACUUUUCCGUGGGUUAUAUAUUCACUUAUGCAGCUUUCUUGAUUGCCUCAACAUCAGGCAAGUUUGGUUAAUUUAGUUAUUUUUUUUGUACUGUAUCAGAACCCAGUUCAUUACUCUUGAUGGAGAGGGAGGAUCCGCCUUUUUAGAUUUUUGCUAUUUAUUUUUCUAUCUAGGAUUAGAACCAUAUACUUGGUAAUAAUAGGAACGGCACAUUAUGGCAAAAAAAAGUUUGAUUCAGAGGGAGAAGAAGCGGCAGAAAUUAGAACAAAAAUAUCAUUUGAUUCGUCGAUCCUCAAAAAAAAAGAUAAGAAGCAAAGUUUCCCCUUUGAGUUUGAG